CCCAUUGACUCAUCCUCAUUCUGCCGAGAGUAGACAGUUCCCGUCUUUACUCUGGUUGAAGCAGCCCAACUGUCCAAAACGAUGACGAGCAACCUCAUGAUGGGCGUCAGCAGCGCAAAAGGAGUCGAGAGCAACAUUCAAAAACUUGAAAGCCGAGUGAUUGCGCAAUUACAGGAAUCGCAUUCGCCAAAGAGAGCAUGUUGGUCCUAUGUCCAGUUCAGAAAGAGCGAGAGUCAACUGUUGAGUUGCAGAAGGUCACCGAAGUCUUCAGCAAGGCCCAUCUCGGUAUUCUCAACCCCGACAGAUUCGAACGGUUAACGAAAUGACCGCUGACAGGGUGUGCCUUGCAAAAUCAUCAUCCACUUUGAGUCGUCGUCAGACUGGUUAAGAAAACCAAAGGGGCGCAUUUUGGGUGACUAGUAUCGCAACCACCAAGGUCAAGGGAAGGUGAAGCAAGACAAUAUGAAAGUCAGAAUUCAGGAAGCUCAAAACCUAUCGAGUCCAAUGGUUACAUUUUGUUUGGAGGGGAAGUGUGAAUAUUGAUAAGCAAUCAGAUAAGAGCUAUAGCUUACACGGUCACGUGCUAGAUAAAGCACAGACCCGAUGAGAAACAGGAGGGAGCUCAAUCGAGGUCCACCACUUUCUUCAAAGCCAGGCUCGAGCCAGGGCCCUGAGGAAUCGGGCUUGUGAUUGGCCCCACGCCCUAGGGACCUUGAUUUCCAUCAAUUUUGGCUGGCACUUGCUUGCUCUUGGCGCUGCCCGUUUCAGAGGCAGGCAACUGAAGCAGCCAGUCCAGCAAGUGGGAGGAAGAAGACAUCGACAAACAGCAGCCUGCAGCCACUGGAACUGACCAGACAGAUAGUCUUCCAGUGAACUUCUCACGAAUCAACAACACAUUUUCCACAAGCACUCUCCCUUGUCGCCCUUUUCCAAUCCUUGCCUGCCGCGCACUCAGCUGCUCUUCUCUUCUCACGACCGUCUGCUUUGCAGCCAAACGUACAUCGUUUCUCUCUACAACCGCGCUCACUUGUUGUUUGCGAACCCCAGACUUGCCGGCCAAAAUGGGUGAAUCACGUCAAGAGCUCCUUCAAUGGAUCAACAGCCUUCUCCAACUCAACCUGACCAAGGUUGAGCAGUGCGGUACUGGCGCCGCCCUCUGCCAGGUCUACGACAGCAUUUUCGGCGAUGUUCCCAUGUCCCGCGUCAAGUUCAACGUGAACUCGGAAUAUGCCUACAUUCAGAACUUCAAGAUCCUCCAGAACACCUUCACCAAGCACCAGAUCGAAAAGUCCAUCCCCAUCGAGGCGCUCGUAAAAUGCAAGAUGCAGGACAACCUCGACUUCCUGCAGUGGACCAAGAGAUUCUGGGACCAGUACUACCCCGGCGGUGAUUACGAUGCCGCUGCCCGUCGCAAGGGUGGCGCUCUCCCUGCCACCAUGAGCGGUGCCUCUCGCGCCUCCGCCGGUUCGGCUGCCGCGAGACGUCCCGGUGGCGCCACCCCCACCGGUGGUCCCCGUGUCGCUGCCAGAGCCCCCGCUGCUAACUCGGCCGCCACCCAGGCUCUCCAGCAAGAGGUCGCAACUCUCAAGGAGGCCGUCGGCGGCCUGGAGCGCGAGCGUGACUUCUACUUCCACAAGCUGCGCGACAUCGAGGUUCUUGUUCAGAGCGCUGUCGAGGAGGACCCCGAACUCGAGAAGCAGGAGGACGGUCUCAUCAAGGCCAUCCAGGCCAUCCUUUACUCGACCGAGGAGGGCUUCGAGAUUCCCGAGGCCGACGCCGAGGCCGCCGACGAUCAGGAGACCUUUUAAACGUAUCACGUACUGGUUUAACGACUAUGGCGACAACUGCAACGCGGCCUGCUCACCGAGAAAGGCGGAGGGUAGCGCCACGCGGUUUAGAGGGUGGGGGGAUUGGGUUGGAUUUGCGCAGAGGCCGAAGAUUAAUGGUGUUGUUAUGUGGCUCCGGGUCAUGAACUGCGGACUACAAGGGUCGCUAUGCUGUUGGUAUUGUUGACGGGCACAUUGCGUGGUGUAUCAGGAACAGAGGGCGGAUCUGAUACUAGUGGGCUCUCUUGAAGCAUAACAAAGGGAACCUUUUUUAGACAUUUGGGACGGACAGCAUGUGGUAUGUAUGGGAUGGGGGUUGAUCCUCUGUUCCAUACCCUCUCUUUGCACGGAUUUGCAAUAUUUACACAAGGGUCUUUAUGACUCCCUGGACACCAGCUGAGUCGGGAGGUUUCAGCAUAGUCCACAUGCACUGCAAUUCGCACAUACGACGAAGACUUGACGGUAGAUAAAAGCUAUCUGGGAUAUUUUCUUCCCCUGCACUGUGAGCCUGAUGAACAUUGGAUGGCAGGGGUGAGACUAUAGGCAGAAGAAGAAUCCUUCCUCGCUGGUGGUUGUCUGUAAAAUGUGAUUGAUGCCUCGUGUUUCUGAC